GGUGCUGCGCGCAGCCGGGGCCUCUGGGGACCAAUGGAGAACCCAGAGUUUUCGGGUUCAUCCGCGCUGUCCGAUGCGCGUGACACGACAGACAUAUCCGCUGGCCUCGAAGCCCGCCAGAAGCCCUUAGUACUCAGGAUCCUCGACGUGCACAACAAGUUUGAGGGGCGGGAGGAACCGGAAGAGCCCGAGGAGGCCGAUGAGUGUGAAGAGGCCGAUGAGUCCGACGAGAUCACCGAGCCCCGCGAACCCCGUGAGCCCCACAAAUCCUACGAGCCCCAUGUGCGCCGCGAGCUCCGCAAGCUCCGCGAGCCCCGUAAGCCCCAGGGGCCCCGUGCUCUCCGCGAGCCCCACAAGCCCCACCAAGCCGAGGUGCUUCCCAGCGCCGCCGUGAUGAUCUCCCCGUCUCUGGUGACCAGAUUCCCGCCGCGGAUUCGGCUGUCUUCCCUGAGCGAUUCUGGUCCAUGUGACUUUGUAAGGAAAUGUUUUUUUUCUAGGAAGAGAAUCCGAGAUCUUUCUAGACCUAAAAAACAAUGGGGAGUCCCAGAUGGACAACUGUUUUGGGGGAAUCAAGAUCCUAUUCGCCCUGUUUCCCAGGGUACUCUGAAGGCUCAUCUGACCAGAAGACUUGAGGACCUCGCCCAGCCCAAGGAAGUCUCCCACCGAUAUGUGCCUAACAGGGCUCAAUAUUACUACGGCUGUGGUAGAGAGUCUGUAAUCUGGGAGAUCCCUUCUCCCGCACUGUUUAGCCAACCUUCCAAAAGGAUCCAGAAGCUGGCACAGCCCAAAAGAUUCAAGAAAGAGUAUCUAAUAAAUAGGCCCUUCAGUGAUUACUUAACAAAAGAGUCUCUUCAAAUCUCUGAUCCUUCUCCCCGGAUAUUACGACUCUCAAUAGCCAAAGGCAUAAAUCCAAACUAUGUUCCUCCAAAAAUCAUUGAAACCAAGAUUUCAAUUUCUGCCUUGAGUGCUGUCGCAACUCCAAGAAUUGUAGACCUUGCCCAACCAAGGAUCAAGAUAGAGGGUCUAUGCUAUGAGAGAGAAAGAAGUGAAAUGCCCAUCCGUCCUGUAUCCCGCGCUGCCUUGCUAGCCACACCUAGCCCUCGAAUAAUAGCUCUAGCUAAGGCCAAGCCUCUUCAUCAAGAUUAUUUACCUGCCCGUGGUGCCUACUGGCCAGUGUCCUAUGCUGCUAUCCAUUCCAAAGUAUCUCCCAGAAUUGAGGAACUAGCUAAUCCAAAUACAAGGACUCCUGUGCAUAUUGUAUAUUACGAUCCAGAUGUUUUUAAAGUCAAGCCAGCUGCUUUGAAAGCACAGUGUUCUCCGAGGAUCCAAGAGUUGGCAGAACCUGUUAUGCAUUAAACACAGAAAGCCACAUCAGUCAAACUCUAGUUAUGUAUCUAGAGGACACAUUAGAUGACUUAGUUCCCAACUCUGGUAUGGUCAGUUUGUAUUCUCUCGCUCCCUCAAAAAACAUAUGAGACUUCAGGGAACACCAGAGUGACCAUCAAGGAGCAGUUGCUCCUGUUACCUGUAAUCAUGGGUUUAACAGGUUUGGGGACCCCAGCAUGCAAUAAAGAGAAAAUGACAGCCUGCCUUCUCAUCCUUCCUGGCUCCUUACAAGCGUCUUGGCCGUCUCAUCGCCGUGACUGACCUGAAGAAACAAUCUUCCUUACAUUUGCCAGUGAGAGCUGUGCUCCCCAGUUGCUGAUCUCACUUCCCUUCUCUAAGUCCUGAGAAUUGGAAUCAUUCUUUGUGUUACUUUUCCAACCUCUCCUCAUUACCGAGAAAUAACACUGACGUGGUGAGGCCUUUUUGGAUAAUUCAAAAUGUUUUUUAUAAUCUGUGGAUGAAAUUUAGGGAACGGGUUACCUUAAAUGAUCACAUCUCCACCAAUCUCUGUUUCUUCCCUCAUGCUCGGUGUCAUUGAUCCUGAAUGACAGAAAAGUGGGGCAUUUGGUACAUGUUAUAAUUUUGUCAAAUUGCAUCUGCACAGAGUCUUUUAUUUGUUUCAUUCUCUCCAUGGAUCAGUAUUUUACAAAUUAAACCAAUUUUUAUCUAGAUUUACAGGGAAAUGAAAUUAUUUGAAAACUCAUUUUACAGAUGAAAUGAGUUCUAUCUCUGAGGCCUUUGUGUUAAGGAGUUAACUUGUGUUAUGGGGCAGCAGUACCAUAUAGUAGUUUUGAACUUGAGUUUUAGAAUCAGACAGACCUGGGUUUGUGUCCCCCAUGGAUCACUUACCAGGUAUGUGACUUUGAACUAAUUCUGUAACUCCCUGUGCCUCAGUUUCUUUACGUGGAAUGUGUGCUCCUGCUGCAUUAUUGUAAAGAUUAAAUAGGAAAAUUAUGUAAUAAAGUAUGAAUUAGAACAAUUUGUUUAAAAAUGAAGCUACUUUUGCCUUUUAGGGGAGGAGUGGCAUAAUUCAUAUCACUGGGAAAAUAAAUA